AAUUGAAAGCGUCACGUCAGAACUCCUGCUGUUCAGUAUCCAUAAGAUUUUUUGCGUGAAUUAUAUAAAUGUCCGCGAUUGCUUCUCAUCUUCAUUCGAUCUGAGAUUUACAUUUCACGCCACAGCUUGAUAAACAAACAAUCCAACUUUCCAGCCUCGUUUUGAAGUGUCGUCUGCUCCUGUCAUCAGUUUACCCGUGUGACAGCUUGAAGAGAAGAGUUUGUAGAUCUUGUCAACAAAUUGUCGCAAAUCGACAGUUAGACAAAAGUUUUCUGAACCAAAAGUUGGGUUUCUUUUAAGAGAAUUUUAAAAUUUUGUAAGGUCAAGGAUAAUCCUACCAUUCACCAUGUCCAUCUGUAUCAGGAUUCUAAUGUUGGUGUCACUCUUGACAGGUUUUACACGUGGAGAAAAUGGUACAGAGGUUGAUAUGUCUGUGAAGGAUAAUUUUGUCGUGAUGUAUAACAACAAACAUGGCGACGAUAAACCGAAGAUAGAACAUGAUAAAGCCUGGUUGACAGUCAACUCAUCAGUCAAUUUUAUACUCUAUAUGAUGGCACAAACUGAAGAAUGUCAUAAUUGUCCGAUGCAGUACGUGUCACAGUUCCGCAGUAUCAACGCUACCACGAUCCUGGUGAAUACCACGUUUGUUACACGGGUGACGUUCGUCAGAGUUCAUCCAACAAAACAUGUAGAAGACAUCUGCAGUUUUGAGACCAAGUUUCGUGAGAGUGGUGAUUAUUGGGUAUUUUUAGAUUAUGAAAGUUAUACAGAUGGUAGUUUAUGUCAUUUGACCUUAAGUAAUGAUCCAGCGCCAGCAGAGAUGCCCAUAUUAUACACGUUUGUGGGUUUAAUAGCUUUAGCAGCAUUAUGGACUUUAAUCAGCAGAAUAUACAGCCGAGCACGUGAUGCUAAUUGUUGUGGUCAGAGUGCUAAUAUAACUGAUCCUAUGGAUAAUGGUAACGUCAUAAGUUUGAGUAGCAUUACCAAAGAUCCAUCGGAAGUAGAAAAUGGCGUUGUUGCCACAUCGACGGAGAAAUCUAAACCAGAGAAGAAAAAGGAAAGAUUGCGGUGUUUGGACACAUUAAGAGGUAUUUCCCUGGUGGUCAUGAUAUUUGUGAACUAUGGAGGAGGAGGAUAUUGGUUCUUUGAACAUCCUCCAUGGAAUGGUCUCUCUGUUGCUGAUCUUGUAUUUCCCUGGUUCAUCUUCAUCAUGGGGACGUCAAUGAAUUUCUCCUUUAAGAGUAUGCACAAACGUCAGAAAACGUCUUACCAGAUUAUCUUUAAGAUAUGUAAACGAUCUUUUAUUCUCUUUGCACUGGGAAUAAUUCUCAACACAAGCUGGGGACCUGUGGAUCUAGAGACUAUGAGAAUACCUGGUGUCUUGCAAAGAUUUGGUGUAACAUAUUUAUUUCUAGCUUUAAUGGAAUUCUUCCUGGGCAGACGAGAAGAUUCACAUCAGGAAGCUAAGUGGGCACCUAUACGAGAUAUUGUAUUAAGUCUACCAAUGUGGAUAUUAAAUUUAGCCAUCCUCGCUGUUUUUAUUGGUUUAACUUAUGCUCUACCUGUUCCCGGCUGUCCAACAGGUUAUACUGGACCCGGUGGUAUCAGUGAUGGUGGUAAGCAUGUCAACUGUACGGCUGGAGCUGCUCAAUAUAUCGAUAAAGUUGUUCUAGGUGAAAACCAUAUCUACCAAUAUCCCACUCCACAGGUCAUCUAUCAAACAUCAAUGGCCCAUGACCCGGAAGGAAUACUUGGAGUUUUGACAUCAGUCUUUCUGUGCUUUCUGGGAUUAGUGGCGGGUCGUAUAAUAAUAACAUUUGAAGGACAUGCGAGUCGAGUUAUUCGCUGGUUGAUCUGGGCUGCAAUAACGGGAGGUAUUGGUGCUUUAUUAUGUAAAGGCAGCCAGAAUGAUGGAUGGAUACCAGUCAAUAAAAAUCUAUGGUCGGUAUCGUUUAUAAUGGUUACGGCUUGUUUUGCUUUUAUACUGCUCUCAGUGCUCUAUAUUGUCAUGGAUGUUUUAAAAUGGUGGAAGGGUGGACCAUUUGUUUAUCCAGGAAUGAAUUCCAUAGUGAUCUACGUCUGUCAUGGCGUAUUUUGGCGAGAAUUUCCGAUCAAUUGGCAGCUGGAACCUGUACACUGGAAAUUAUUACUACAAGAUGUAUGGGGAACAUCCAUCUGGAUAUUCGUGGCUUAUCUUAUGUACAGAAAGAGAUUCUUUGUGGCUAUUUAAAAAAAUGAAUCCAUUGUUAAAAUACUAAAAUAGGAAGCCAACAUUGAUGAUAAUUGUUCGGUGAAUAAAAAACAAUGGCUUCACACAGUGAACCUUUGAAGAUUUUCAGACCAAAGUUUGAAUGAUUGGGAAUGGGGAAACCAAUUUGAGAUAUAAUAGUGUACAUUUGGGUAUUGUUUAACGUCGUUCAGAUUCUCAUACACACGCAUGGCAAUUACAGAAAAAAUAUCAUGUGUGGAAGAGGACGUUAAACCCGACCCUUGUUUAAAAGAAUCAGCGAAAGAUCUCUGAAGACGAACUCUUUAUUUAUAACCUUUAGUGAAACAAUGUUUUAAAAUAUUUCCAUGGGGGAAGUCUAAUGAAGAUAUCCACACAUGCCUACAGUCAUAUAAUCAGCUAACCUGUUCAAACUUACAGUUGUACUGACAAAUCUUCGUCUUAGUCUUAGUUUCGUGAAAAUUUGAAAUAUCCUAUAUAUACUUACACUUUCCAGACCAUUUGAUGUCACUUCUCAUUGACUUGAGAAGUGAUUAUAGCUAACUAAUAGCGCCCGAGAGAAGCACACAGCUUUUGUAAAUUCAUUAUUUAAUUACUAUACAUUGAAAGAGUCACGUUGGGGGGGGGGGUCACGUGGGGGUUGAUGGACAGACUUUAAUUCAUAUUGAAAUGUAAUAUUAUAUCCAUCGAUGUGUUAAAAUUUCCUCCAUGUAUUGUUUUAAUACUGCACUAUUGCUUUUUUUUACAAAACGAAUUCUUUCUGGUGGUUGUUUAUUUUGUAAAUAAUGUUUUAAACAUAAUGUAAUUUUAACGUCUGUAGAAUGUUCAGACGUCCUGAAACCAAGAUAUGACCCUUAACACUUGACAUUUGAAGCUAUUUUGUCGUAAAGAGAAUACAAUCAGAUUCAUAAAUACAAUGAGUUGUGACUUUAAAAUAGAAAACAGGCUGACAAAACAUCUGUGAUCGAGUGUCGGGUUGGGCGAGAAGGACGGUACGGCAUUCAUACUUACGUAAAAGCUCUAUUCUUGUCCAAAUAAAAACAUGAAAUCCACGGCGUCGUAUAAGUGCUAUUUUACUGUAAAUAUUAUGUUUUUGAUUAUAAUUGGUUAUAUUGUGUAUUUUUACAUUAUGUUAUAUAAAUGUAGAUGUUAAUACAAUCUUUCUGUUUGUAUGUAAAUUUAAUGCUUUAAUAAACUCUCUUUCUCAAACUAAAA